UGUGGAGGCUCAUCCAUGGUCUAAUGAGGGUAGAGAGGGGUAUGGAUCAAUCAGAAGGAGACUUAUGAAGAAGCCCAAGAGAGUUGAUUCUUUUGAUGUUGAAGCCAUGGAGAUUGCUGGAAGCCACGACCACCACUUCAAGUGUGGCGGCGGCGGCGGCGGCUGUGGCUGUGGCGUGGUGGUGGUAGUAGUGGUGGUGGUGGUGGCGACGGUGAUGGUAGUGGUGGUGGUGAUGGCAUGGUGGUGGAGGUAGUGGUGGCUUUAGCGGUGGUGGUGACUUCGGCAUAAUGGUGGUGGUGGCGGCGACAGCGGUAGUGGUGGCAAUGAUGGUGGCAUGGUAGUGGGGGUGGUGAUGGCAAUGGCUGCGGCGUUGGUGGUGAUAGAAGUGGCUGCGACAUUGGUGGUGGUGGUGAUGGUGGUGGUGAUGGUGGUGGCGUGGUGAUAGUGAUGACAUGAUGGUGAUGGUGGCGGCAGUAGCUGCGGCGAUGAUAGUGGUGGUUGGUGACAAUGGUGGUGGUGGUGGUGAUAAUGGUGACAAUAGUGGCGGCGAUGGAGGUGGUGUGAUGGUGGUGGCGGUGACAAUAGUGGCUACAAUGAUGGUGGCGGUGACAAUAUGGCUACAAUGGUAGUGGUGGUGGUAGUAGUAGUGGUGAUAGUAAUGGUAGUGAUGGGUGUAGGUGGCGGCGGCGGUGGUGACGACGACACUGGCUGUACGAUGGUGGCGGUGGUCGUGUCGGGAUGGUGGUGGUGGUGAUGGUAGAUGUGGAGAGUAAUUGACAGACAAAUGUUUCUUAUUCUGUGACUGGGAACAAAAAAACUGAAUUUUUUUUAUUCUUUUUUGUGUUCCCCAGCAUAAAAAUUAAACCGGUUUAUCUCCGGGAACAAAAAAAAAAAAAACUGAUUUUACUAAAUUUUCUAUCCAUUUCUGUUCUCAACAACAAAAAUUAAAAAAAAAAAAAAAAAAAUUCCGAAAAGAUUAUCACCCACACACUGAUUUAGAGGUGUUUGCUGUUUGAAUGUUUUCACUACUUUAGUAUAUUGAUUAAGAGGGUUGACUUGACAUUGGCAGUGUGUAAUUGAGGGGAAACUGAUUGGGCACUAGAACCUUGAACUUCAAGUAAAAGCUCCAAAUUUGACUAUUGGUUAAAUUUAUUUGUCAUUAAAGAAGGAUUGGGGGUGUUCUUAAUCAUUGCUACUUUAUUGAAACCCCAUUUUGGCCCUCCAAAGAUUAAUGGCAUUAGUUCAUAAUUAAUCAGUGAAAUCAAAUUGGUCAUACUUAAUCUCAUUAUUUUCGUCCUUCAAGGACCAAAUCUGAUGGCAAAAAUGUGACAUUGAAUGCACGGAUUGGUAACAUAUUCGCUUCAUCACUUUCCAAGAGUAUUAACUACCACUUCACCAUGUAUUUAAUAGUGCUCGUAUAGAUCCAUCUCACUCUUUUUAAUCUAUAGUACUUAUGUGAAUCAGGAUGCUUCCCUUUUGCCCACUCUUGCUUUAGCAUUUCAGACUCUUGGUGUGGUAUACGGUGACCUGGGAACGAGUCCUCUCUAUGUUUUUGCUGAUGUCUUCGGCAAGGUUUCAGUUGAAUCAGAUGUUGAUGUCUUGGGGGCGUUAUCAUUAGUAAUGUACACCAUUACACUUAUUCCAUUAGCCAAGUAUGUUUUUGUAGUCCUCAAAGCAAAUGACAAUGGAGAAGGAGGCACAUUUGCACUAUACUCGCUGAUUUGCAGAUAUGCAAAUGUAAAUAUGCUUCCAAAUCGUCAACCAGCUGAUGAACGUAUCUCUAGCUUUAGGCUCAAACUACCAACUCCAGAACUUGAAAGGGCUUUAAACAUAAAGGAGGUUUUGGAAAGAAAAUCAACUUUGAAAACCCUUUUGUUGCUGCUGGUUCUGCUGGGAACCUCAAUGAUUAUUGGAGAUGGUAUUCUAACCCCAGCAAUAUCAGUGACAUCUGCCAUAAGUGGGCUGCAGGAUGAAAUAAACGGAUUUGGUACAAAUGCACUGGUUAUUGUUUCAAUUCUAGUCCUGGUGGCUUUGUUCAGCAUACAACGGUUUGGUACCAGUAAAGUGGGUUUCAUGUUUUCCCCUAUACUUGCUUUAUGGUUCGUUUCUCUGGGUUCUAUUGGAAUUUAUAAUAUAGUUAAGCAUGAUAUUAUCGUUCUUGGAGCAAUCAAUCCCGCUUAUAUUUAUUAUUUCUUUAAGAAGAAUGGCAAAAAUGCAUGGUCAGCUCUUGGUGGUUGUGUUCUGUGUAUUACAGGUUCAGAAGCAAUGUUUGCUGAUCUGGGUCAUUUUUCUGUACGAUCAAUUCAGAUUGCUUUUACUUUCGUGGUAUUUCCCUGUCUCCUCCUUGCUUAUAUGGGCCAAGCUGCUUAUUUGCUGAAGAACCCUACUUCUUAUUCAACAAUAUUCUAUUCUUCUGUUCCAGAUAGUCUCUUCUGGCCAGUGUUUGUGAUAGCCACACUAGCUGCUAUGAUAGCCAGCCAAGCAAUGAUAUCUGCUACAUUUUCAUGCAUAAAGCAAUCUAUGGCUUUGGGAUGCUUUCCCAGGCUCAAGAUAAUUCACACCUCAAGAAAGUUUAUGGGUCAAAUUUACAUCCCUGUGAUUAAUUGGUUUCUGAUGGUCAUGUGCAUAGUUGUCGUUUCCAUCUUCCGGAGCACUACUGAUAUUGCAAAUGCAUAUGGCAUUGCUGAAGUUGCUGUCAUGAUGGUCAGCACCACCUUGGUGACACUUGUAAUGCUUUUAAUUUGGCAGACUAACUUGUAUUUAGCAUUGUGUUUCCCACUUGUAUUUGGAUCAAUUGAGCUCAUUUACAUGUCUUCAGUCCUAUCAAAAAUCGUUGAGGGGGGAUGGCUUCCACUUGCCUUUGCUACCUUAUUCCUCUCAGUGAUGUACAUAUGGAACUAUGGUAGUGUAUUAAAGUACAGAAGUGAAGUUAGGGAGAAGAUUUCAACAGACUUGAUGCUUGAUCUUGGUUCCAAUCUUGGAACAGUAAGAGUGCCAGGAAUAGGAUUGCUAUAUAAUGAGCUUGUCCAAGGCAUUCCCUCCAUUUUUGUGCAGUUCCUGCUAAGCCUUCCAGCUAUUCACUCUACCAUAGUUUUUGUCUGCAUUAAAUAUGUCCCUAUCCCAGUGGUUCCUCAAGAGGAAAGGUUUCUAUUUCGAAGAGUUUGCCCAAAAGAUUACCAUAUGUUCCGCUGUGUUGCCAGAUAUGGUUACAAAGAUGUAAGGAAGGAAGAUCACCAUGCAUUUGAGCAACUUCUUAUUGAAAGUCUCGAGAAAUUCUUGAGAAUGGAGGCUCAAGAAAUUGCCAUGGAGAGAAGAAGUAACUUAACUGAAGACAUGGACAGUGUCUCGUUGGAAUCCAAGGAUUCUGAUCUUCCUGCUGGUAAUGAGGCUGAGGAACUAAGGAUUCCAUUGAUGCGUGGUCAAAAUUCUGAAGAAACUGGAACUUCAACCUCACAGGAAGCUGUAGCAGCAUUACCAUCAAGUUAUAUGUCAUCAUAUGAAGAUUGUAGCCUUGAAUAUGAGCUUUUAGCCCUUAGAGAAGCAACAGCAUCAGGGUGCACCUAUUUGCUCGGACAUGGGAAUGUGAGGGCAAAGAAGAACUCUUUUUUCUUUAAGAAAUUAGUGAUAAAUUAUUUCUAUGCAUUUCUCAGAAAGAACUGCAGAGGAGGUACUGCUAACAUGAGAGUACCCCACACCAAUAUCAUUCAAGUGGGGAUGACAUAUAUGGUAUGAUAGCCCCCCAAGUCUUUCUUUAUGAUCAUUCUGCUAUGCAAUCUCAAUAGGAAACAGCAACAUUGUUAUUGACAUUUUUUUCUUUUGUUAUCAAUGCUUGGUAAAACUUUUAUACUAUAUGAUCGCUCCCAAUUGUAAUUGUCUUAGAACUCUUAGCUUAUGUUGCAUGUUAAUUGAGCGAUAAA